AUGUCACCGGAUUUUUACGCAUAUGAAAAUGAAACUCAAAUUAGUAUGGAUCUUAAAUGUUCCAUAUGUCUUGAUCCUUUUCAAUUACCUUUAUGCGAUAUUUAUUGUGGUCAUAUUUUUUGUUUUCAAUGCAUCAAAACAUGGCUUGGACAAAAGCAAUCAUGUCCUGUAUGCCGACGAUGUUUUACUAAAUUUGUACGUAUUACUGACGAAAGACUACUUAAAGAACUUGAUCAUCUAUUGGUCAAAUGCUUGUAUUGUAAUGAAACAAAUAUCAAACGAGGUAAGUUUAACGAUCAUAUAACAUAUGAGUGCUCAAAACGAAUAGUUCUUGAUCGUGUGAAAAAUAAAGAAAGUCUUCGAAAACAUUUUCAUCAAGAAUAUUUAUUAAGAAGAAUAAAUGAAUCAAUUGAAAUUAGUAGAAGACAUCGACAGAAUUAUGAACAAUCGAAUUUUACUUCAUUACCAUUAUGGAUCAUUAUUAUUUCAGCUGUUCAUUUAUUUAUUUAUGUGUCUGUAUUUAUUCCAAUUGCUGCUCUAUUGAAUAUUACUGAUGUUUUUAUCUGUCUUUUUCGUUAUACUAUUAUUUGGCUAAUUCAUAUUAUAAAGUUACGACUAUAA